AUGUCUAACGACGCUGCCCCCACCGAAGCGGCCAUGGCGCACAUUGAUGAGACCCCCUCGGCCGCGCCUGCUGAGGCUGCCGCUCCGGCUGCGUCAGAGACAAACGCUGCAGACGCGAAGGAGAAGACGGACGCCGAGGAGCCCCAGAACUGGCUGACGCAGCAGUUCACCGACGCCGAGUGGGCCGCCGUCAAAGCCCUGCGCGCCGAGCUCCCCGCCAUCCUCGCGCAGGCCUACCCCUCCGCCUCGCCCGCCCCCACCUCCAUCACGCUCUGGGGCGUCACGCUCUCCUGCACGGCGCCCUCGGCCAAAGCCUCGGUCGUGCUCGCCAAGUUCGCGCGCGCGCGCGGCCUCGUCGUCGCCGACGCCGCCGCGAUGCUCCUCGCGACGCUCAAGUGGCGCGCGGAGUUCGGGGUCGACGCGGUCGUGGGGGAGACGUUCGACGCGGACACGUUCGGGCGGCUCGGGCGCGUGUACGGGAAGGACAAGGAGGGCCGGCCGGUGACGUACAACCUGUACGGCGCGGUGCGGGACAUGAAGGCCGUCUUCGGGGACGUGCAGAAGUUCAUCAGGUGGCGCGUGCAGUUCAUGGAGGAGAGCAUCAAGCUGCUCGACUUCGAGACCGUCGACCAGAUGGUGCAGAUCCACGACUACAACGGGGUGAGCAUCACGUCGCGCGACGCGUCGCAGAAGGCGGCCGCGAAGGAGGCCACCGCCGUCUUCCAGAACUACUACCCCGAGUUCCUCUCGCGCAAGUUCUUCGUCAGCGUGCCCGCGGUGCUCACUUGGAUCUUCUGGCUCUUCAAGCCGCUCAUCUCCGCGAACACGCUCGCGAAGAUGACCGUCGUGGGGUCUGGGGCGAAGACGAUUGGCGCGGAGCUCUCGCAGGUGAUCGCCCUAGAGGAGCUCCCGAAGGAGUACGGUGGUACGGCGGCGGGCUGGGCGGAGACCGAGAAGGCGUGA